CGAACUCCAUUGAAACGAAUGUAAACAAAAUAAUCUGGGCGUGGUCUGUGAGACGCGACAUGAAAACGCAUUAAAACUUCCCUUAAACGGCGUCUGAUACAUUUGAAGAGCGACAGGGGAAACAACAAAGUCCAAUAAUAAUACAAACAUUCACAAAUAAUGUGGUAAGCGUUUAAAUCUCCUCCGUAGAAAAUUCCCUGUGACGAAUCUAGUGCUGAGCAACAUCUGCUGGAAAGUCAGGUAAAACUAUCUGCGUGCACGCGCAUGUCCCCAGUUGAUCCCCAGUUGAUCCGUAACACCGGACCCGGACGUUCCUGUAGCCAUGCAGCCGCCGUGCUGUGGAAGGUAGAAAAUGCUGUGAGGCAAGGGAAGACAGGACUUGCCUGCACUGAUGUGCAGAAUUGCUGGAAUGCCGGGACAAAAAGCAAUACUGGGCAGCAAAAAAUCAGAGAUGUGUCUUUCCGAAGACACAGCAGAAAUAACUUAUACCAACCAGCAUCACAGGCAUCCUCCUCCAGCAUAGUUUCUACACCUAGUCGCAAGGUAAAAGUCCAUGAGACCCUGGAAGAAUGGCAAAAUUACUGUCUCUCCACACCAAUAGCGGCACUUUUCACUGCACCUGGCAGUGGACUAAUGCAGCUCACUUUUAACACCAGCCUCCCUGCUCAGUCUGCCGAGACAUCAAAAGCUCCACUGCCCCUACAUCAUGGUGAUCACAACACACAACUUGAAUGUGAGAAAUGUAGGGCAUUCUACACCACAUACAUUGACAUGACCACAACCCAAUUUAUGUACAUUGAGCAGCACACAAAAGAACAGAGCAGGGAACAACUGUGGCAUGACAUGCGACGGGUACGGAUAACAGCAAGCACAGCCAAGUAUGUGCCAGUUCGGGCUACCACAGCACCAGACAAAUUCUUGUCUGAACACCUCCAUCCUACCUUUCACGGUAACGCAGCAACCCGGCAAGGAGCAGAGGGUGAAGAGCACGCCAGGCAAUACCUGCAAGACCAAGGUCAUGACAUCGAUGUGAAAGGUUUGGUGGUUUGCCCGAGUGAGCCAUGGCUUGCUGCGAGUCCGGAUGGUGUCAUGAACAGAGACACACUAGUGGAGAUCAAGUGCCCUGUCUUAGUCAAAAACCAGUCCCUUACUGAGGCACUUGCUGCUAAAAGCAGUGAGAUCAAACGCAUGCCCACAGGGGAAUUCCAUCUGUCCUUCAAUGGGCCAAAGGGAUAUUACAUGCAGGUGCAACUGGGCAUGCACUGCACAGGGCUACGGCAAGCCUUGUUGGUGAUUUGGAGUAACACUGAAUGUCUGCAGCUCAACGUGCUCUACGACCAAACCUUUGUUGAGGGACAUAUCUCAAGGCUACACUCCUUCUAUUUCACCCACAUGUUGCCAAAAGUUGUAGAUGACUUCGAUGAUGGAAGGCUGGAGUUGUGUUCCAGAUACAUGGAUGUUGUAAAAUCAGCAUGACCUGCUUAUGUCUACUGGGGGACUUAAACCUCAUGUGGCAGUCGGAUGAGUCUGGACCUCAUGUUUGCUAAAGCAGCACAUAUGGUAAGAAUCUUGUCCAACCGCGGGGUCAUGGAGAUGGGGACAGUUUGGGACAGAAUUUUGAAGACUUUAAGUCUUCGGAUUGCCCUCUCCACAUGUAUACGGACAUUGGCCACUCGUCUAGUGCGCGUUACCUCCUCAUUGGUCAAUUGACCACGCUUGUGGGUAAAGGCAGGAAUAUUCAGUUUCACCUUCCUUUCAUGUAGUACAUCUCGAAUCGUGAAACCCCUGUCAGCCAUUACCUCAUCACCAGGCAUUAGGGCCUCCAUUAAACCCACUGUUUAUAGUGAUAAACUUGUCACUGCUUUUACCAGCAUAGGCCUGUGAUAUAAACAUUAUCAGCCCAUGAGGUGACACAGCAACAAGAUAUUUGGCAGUAUUGGUUCCCUUGUAAUGACUGAAAGUGGCACUCCUACAGUUAAGGUUUGUUGCUCUCUGAAUAGCCGUUUCAGCACAAUCGAUGAUGCAAGUGGUCUGGGGGUGGUUCUUUUUAAAGGAUGGUGGCAUGUUAGUACGUAUAACACUUCUUGGCAGCCAGGCAACCAUGGGUUCAAGCAUAGACAGUAAAAGAAAUGGACACAGCGACCCCAUUGGAACUCAAUUGAGUCAAGUGAAGCCCAUUUUUAGCGAUUUUUAGCACUUCCGUUUCUGACGCGCAGACUCAAACUAAGC